CUAUAGUAUACCCAUACUGCUGUACUCCUUUCAACACCACAUACUCUUGUUGUUCAGCGUGUUUUCUUGCUGUAGAGAGCCGUGUCAGUAGCACAGAAUAUAUAUUUGCUGAAAAUUGCCUUUAUGUGUGACGUCUCAUGGCAUCAUUUGAUUUUGUCAGAGAAAAAUUAACUGAGUGGAACCACAGUGACUUAAUUCAGAGGUUUGAAGAUGAAGAAAUUGAUGAAGAAGGUUUCCUCUCCCUUGAGGAGACUGAUCUCAUGAAGUUGAUCCCAAAAGCAGGACCAAGGUGUAGAUUUAGAAAAAAACACAACAAAUUUCUGAAGAAACGGCAGCAACACAAUGAUGAUAUGAACAUUCAAGAGGCCACGUCUUUAUCAGCCUCCAUUAAGGCCUCCAAGAGUUCCUCAGGAAAUAUUACUGGUGAGAUGGUCAAUCAAGAGUCUCGUCAAAAAAACAUAAUUAAACCCCUCAGAAAUCAACCUCCUAAACGCUCAGAGACUAAAAGGUCAUUGGAUAAACUCUUAGGUACACUUGGAGGAAGUGUGCCCACAAAGAACACCUCUGAAGUGGGAGAAACAGUGUACGACCAGAGUAAACCCUCAACCAGUAAGAUACUCCCUCUUCAAGUGAAUAUCCCAGGCAAAAGGAAAUCUGAUGAGAUCUAUGCAAACAAAAAAACAAAGAAACGUCAACGUGGUGCCACUGUCGGAAUAAUUGAACCGUUUGAAACUGAAACCAAGACAGAGGUGAAGAAGAUCAUGCAACAUGUCAAAAGUAAACUUGAUGAUCUGCCUUCUACAAAAUUAAUUGACUUCCUCAGAGGUAAAAUGCAAAAGCUGGAGAAAGACAGAAAAGAGAUAGUGGGUGUUUUUGGGAAGACUGGAGCUGGUAAGAGCGUCUUGAUUAACACCAUCUUGGGUGAGCCAAAAUUGCUGCCCUCUGGAAACCAAGGGGCAUGCACCUCGGUCAUGAUUCAGGUGGAGGCCAAUAUGACAGACUCGAAGUACAUCGCAGAGAUUGAGUUCAUGACAGAGGAGGAAUGGAAAGAUGAGCUAUGGUCCAUCUUCAGUGACAGAUCUUUUGAGGAUGGAAAUGAUGAAGAACAUGAAAGGGAUGAUGACGAUGACGAUGAUGAAAAGAUAUCAGCUUUGUAUGGAAAAGAUGGAUGUGGGGCAACCUUAGAAGAACUAAUGGACAGGAAGCACUUCAGAGAAAUUCCAGAGUUUCGUUUAUCAGUCAAGAAAAUAUUUCUAUGUGACACAGCUGAAGAACUCUCUGAAAAGAUAACUUGUUACACACGGAGUGACACACAGAGUGAUACAUUUAAAAGACAGUAUUGGCCGCUUGUGAAGUGUAUUACCAUCAAUGUGCCAAACUCCAAAGACCUGCUGGAGCAUGUUGUGCUGGUUGACCUUCCAGGCAAUGGAGACUGCAACAAGAGCAGAGAUGAGAUGUGGAAAUUGUUUGUUGGAAACUGCUCUGCUGUGUGGAUUGUAAGCGACAUUGCACGAGCAACUUCAGAAAAGGAAUCAUGGGAGAUUUUAGACAGCACCGUUAGCCUCUUUGGACCUGGUGGAGAAUGUCGAAGCAUCAGUUUCAUCUGCACCAAGACAGACGACAUUGAGGAAAAUCAAAAGGCUGAUGCACACACCUGUAUUUUGCGCAGAAAUGAAACAACCAAGAGGCAAGUGAGGGAUAAAUUCAACAAACAAAAAUAAAUUAAGAAACACUUCAGUGGGGGAAAGGGUUUCCUUCAGGUGUUUACUGUGAGUUCCAAGGAAUACCAAAAGGAAAAGCAUUUGCAACAAGAAGAGACAGAAAUACCCAAACUUCAGGAAUUUCUCAGAAAUCUCAAUGAUCGUCGCACAAAGAUUUCAGAUUAUGUUUCUGGAGCCUAUGGGAUCCUCUCUCUGAUACAAGGAGCCAAAAGCAGCGACAU